AAUUGACCAAUAUAAACAAAUACAGACAAUAUAAGUGUUUAUUAUUUAUAAUUUAACCCUAAAGAAUUAUUACACUUUUUUGAUGAAACAUGUCAACGUAUUGUGCAUUUGUCUUGUGAAAUAUAAACAAGGGAUUGUAAAUUAAGGUAAAUCUGAUCCCAACAAAAUUGAACCUAAAGAAAUUUUGACAUGGCUUCAACAAAUUCCAGCAAAUUUUCUGCUCGAGACUAUUAUACUUUGGAGUUUAUACCUUUUGUAACUUCUUCUGGAGAACAAAGAUUUGUCCCAGAAAACACCAAAAAACCUCAACGUACCAUUAACAACUUAAGUGGUAAGGAAGCUAGCGAUUUCUAUAAAGACAUCUUAGCAAUCCCAUCAACGUCGGAAGUUAAACACUCAACAUUCUUACCAAAAGUUUGUAAGAAACUGCCAUCGAUUAAAAAGAGAAAUAAAUAUCGUCCCAACGAUAUUUUUCGAUAUGCUCAAGAAGGAACUUUAGAAGUCAUUAAGGAAUGUAUAAACAAAGACGAUAAAAGUUUAAUUAAUAAACAAGACGUAUAUGGAUGGACUCCAUUGAUGUGUGCAACCUGUGAAGGUCAUUUAAAUGUCGUUAAAUAUCUUUUACAAUGUGGUGCAGAUGUGAACGUAAAGUGUAAACAAGGUAAAACUGCUUUGGACAUAGCUAGAGCCAAGCAGCAUAUUGACAUACUUAAUCUUUUUGAGUGUGGCUUGGAGCUAGAGCAUAAAGAAUGUAUAAACGUAAAAGACGAAAAGGAAAAAUAUUGUAACGAUUGUAAAAUAUUUUAUACAGAAUCCACAUUUACUCAUAACAAAAGCAUUGCUCAUUUAUUUGCUUCAAGAAAGGCAGAGUCUACAACUUUUUAUCAUAUACCAGAAAACAAUAAAGGGUUUCAAAUCAUGAUUAAAAAAGGUUGGAACCAAAAUAAAGGUUUAGGUUCUAAAGAAGAAGGUAGGAAGUUUCCAAUCAAAACUGUGUUGAAAAAAGAUAGGAGCUGUAUUGGUAAAUAUAAAGAAGUUGCACGUGUUACUCAUUUUAAUGCAAAUGACUCUACAGCAGUUAAAAGGAUUUGUGAUCCUCCAUCUGUAAAAAUUGUUCGAGAAAGAACUCUAAAGAAGUGGCAGCUGGUAAAACUUGAAAGAAAAAAUCGACAAAAAGAAAUAGAAUUUAGAAGACAGUUUAUUGGUGAUACAUAAAAGCUAACUGUGAUGCUAAGUUAUUUAAAUAAUAUAAUUUGUUAUAAAAGUGUGAGUUUUUAAUAAUAAUUUUAUUUCUGUAGAACAUUGUUUUAUCUAUUUAUUGUUUAAAACUAAAACUUGAAUAGUUUAUUGAAAAAAUAUAACUAUAGACUUUUCCCAAUUGGUCUUUGAAACCCUUGGUUGGUAUGUAGAGUUAAUGCCAGAACAUGAAAAAUGUUUAACCCCUUAACAAUCGAUUAAUUUUCAAGAAAACGGUCAUAAAAGUGCCUAUUAUGCCGAAUACACGUAUUCGAUUAUUGCUGACAUCUAGUUUAAAAUAAACUAACUAUCUUCAAUUACCUUAAUAUACUGGUAUUGCCAUCUGAUGUGUAAAAGGAGAAAUAAAAUGUUUUCCGUGCAAAAGAAA